AUGGCCGCCGACCAGCACCUCCCCAACGCACGCGCCGCCAAUGCGCACCAGCCGCCUUCCCCGGACAUCAUGACGCUGCUCUCCACUUGGGGCGAUAACCUCUCCACGCAAACGUCCAAAGCCUUCAACAAUCUCGGUCCCAAAGACUACAUCCGCCUCGUUGUCAUCAUCGGCGGCUACCUCCUGCUGCGCCAGUGGCUGGUCAAGCUGGGCGCGCACCGCCAACUGAAGCAGCUCGAGCACCAGGAUGCCGAGGCCAAGCGGCAGGCGCGGGCGGAAGAACUCGCGGACGCCAACGACCUGCGUGUGGGAGCGAAGAAGAGCCGCAAGCCCAAGAUCGCGCUGCCCGGCGUCGACAGCGACGACGAUGAUAGCAGUGAGGAAGAGAGCGCGGUCCGCCCCGGCGAGUGGGGGCGCGCCGCGCGCCUGCGGCAGAGGAAGUUCGUGCGGGACGCGCUGGAGAAGCAUGAGCAGAAGUUGCAGGCCGAGGCCGAGGCCGAGAGCGACAAGGAUAUCGAGGAGUUCUUGAUCAAGGAGUGA